CCAAGCACGUAUAUGUAGUUGAUUAACAGUCUUGUGUUAGUUUCAGGUGUACAACUAGGUGAUUCAGUUACAUGUGUUUGUGUUGUAUUUCAGAUUCUUUUCCCAUUUAAGUUAUUAUAAAAUACUGAGCAGAGUUCUCUGUGCAUUACAGUGGGUACUUGUUGAUUAUCCAUUGUUUUUGCUUUUGCUUUUUUAAAACUAGUCGGGGGAACAGGAUCUGAUCUGCAACUUGAAGAAGUCACUGUGGUUACAUUAGAAACAGACUGGGUUCUUGUACAGUGUGACAAGGAUAGUGGCCGGAAUGAAGGUGGUGCUGGUAGUGAUGGGGAAAGGUAGAUUCUGGAGAUAGGAAAUAAAAUCAAUAGGACUGAAUUUGAAUUAAAUACAGGAAGAAUGUUUAGGCAUGCUUCCUCGUUUCCGGCAGUACAGCCAGAUGGUUGUUCCUGCUUCCUGAGGGGGCUCUUCCUGAGAGAGGAGCAGGUUGGGGUGAGAGGAAUCAUCAGUUGAUCAUGGAUGUGCUGAGUUUGAGGUCCUUGUGAGAAAUCCAAGAGGAUUUAUGAUGGAUGUGAGUCACAAUAGGCAAAUAGGACUGGAGCUCAGAUGGGAAGCCUAGACUAGAGGUGGACGGUAAAUGAAGGUAAGGAUGAUAUUGCCUGGGAGAGACUGAGAGCACUGGUGGGGCUUAGGUCUAACCUGUGGAUCUCUAAUGUAGAGGAGGGUGGACCUGUGAAGGAGAUGGAAAAGGAACAGUGACAAUGCUUCAGCUACCCAGUGAAGGAUGAGUUGGUGAGGCAUAGUAUUUGUGCAUUGUCGUGGAAUUUCUUAAAUGUCAAUUGUAAGAAGAACUAAAGAAAUGUAUUUAAUAUUUUCCAAAUACCACAAAAUUAAGAAGAAAAAUAUCCCUAAAUUUCUCUUUGUUGAGGUAUCUCACUAUUCCUUACUUCUGCCCAGGCUCUGAUCCAGGACUUUUUACUCUUGCUGCACAUCAGAAGCAUCUAUGGCACUUAUUGGAGUCCCACCCAUGGAGAUUCUGACUGAAAAAGUCUGUCCUGAGGUCUGUGCUCCAUGGUUGAUUCUGAGCCACAGCGUGCUGAGCCUGGCCUUUCCGCAGUUUCCUCAAUGAACCACGUCCUCUUACACCCACUGCUCCUUGCCUGAAUGACUUUCCUCUACGGCUUUACCCAGCUCACACAUAUAAGGCUAUGCUGAGAUGAUUCCCCCAGGCAGGCAGUUCUUCCUGGUCUUGGUCAUCUUUCUGGGCUCCCUUGUCUUCCUCUCUUGAUCCUUGGAUGUGUUGCACUGUGUUUGUCUGUCACUUUCCUGUACUAAACUGGGAGUCCUUGAAAACAGACCUUCAUACCCUGAGAAUCCUGAUCAGUACACUGCCUAGCAUAUAGGUCAAGUAUUGUUGAGAUAAUGGAUGAAGGAAUCCAUUCCUCUUUUCUUUGUGCUGUCUCAGAACCUUGUGACUUAAAGUGAGUAAUAAACCUUCCUUUUCUGUACGUCACCGUGGCCAUUCUCCAUGACCUUUCCUUAACAGUUUCACCCUCUUUCUUAAUUUAUAGUAUCAACCUAGAUUGUCCUGGGCAUUAACCCAUUCUGUAAUUUUAAAAAGCCAGUGCAUCAGAGUUGGGCUGUUCCUAGGUUCAUGUCUUGACUUUGCUGUAUACCAGUUUGGGACCUUGGGCAAAUUACUUAGCUUUCGAGAACCUCAGUUCUCAUCUGUAAAGUGGGGAUGAUAAUGCAUACCUAUUAGUGUUAUUUACACUUCCUGAUAAAAGUGUAUUUGUAAAGUGCCUGACCCAAGGUAGGCUUAUUAAGUGAAGAUUCCCUUCUUUGGGGAGUCGUUGUUCAGUCUCAUCCAACUCUUUGUGACCCCAUGGAUUGUAGCCUGCCAGGUGCCUCUGUCUGUGGGAUUUCCCAGGUAAGAAUAAAUGGAGUGGGUUACCAUUUCCUUCUCCAGAGGAUUUUCCCGACGCAAGGAUUGAACCCAAGUCUUCUGCAUUGGCAAGUGGAUUCUUUACCACUGAGCCACUCAGGAAGCCCCUUUUUGGGGAGACCCCAUGGCUUAAUAGAAAGAGUUAAUAAAUACUCUGGUUGCUGAGUACACUUGUGCUGCUUACUGGCUGUGUGUCUUGGGUACCCUUAUGAUUCUCAGCAGCCUCAUUUGGAAAAUGGACACAAUUAUGAUUGUCCUUACAGAAUUCUUAGGGAAGUUAUAUUAAAUUUAUGUUAAGUAUCUAGCAGGUGCUUGGCAUCUAGUAGGUGCUCAGUAAAAUGGUGCUUAUUAUUCUGAGAAGUAAUAAUACACUAGAGUGUUUUUCCUGCUUUCCAUGAUCUAUGAGCACUACUUACUGUCCCCAAUGUUGUCUCUAACAUGGUCACCAAAAGUUGAAUUUAUUUCAGUGAUACUUAACAUUUUCUGUUUCACCUCCUGAGAAAAAUCCUGAAUCAUCCAUGAAUGUAUCAUUUAUACGAAAGCUCCCGUCUCGUCAGUUUUCUUUAAAGUGCUAUAUGCUCUGUGGCACCUGGUCUUCAAACUGCUGAAUUUAUAUUCUAAACACAUUUUUUUACCGCCUGUGUGACAUGAGCUUCGUCCACCUCAGGAGCUCCCUGGAGCAUCAGAACUCAGAAGAAAUCUCAGACAGACCUCCAUCUGCUCACCGCUUCGGCUAGGCAGCCUCUUCAGGCUGUCUCUGCCCAGAAUGGCAGGGAAGUCUGCAGCCUUGGCCUACUGUGCUCCAAAAGGGCAGGAAAGACUCAUCAUGGUGAAGGUCAAAGAAGAAAACUGUGUUUGGGGGCAGGACUUUGGCCGUCAGGGAAGUGCCUGUAGCCAGGAGGCCUUCCGCCAGCAGUUCAGGCGGUUUGGCUACUCUGACUCCACGGGGCCCCGGGAGGCCCUGGGCCGGCUCCGCGAGCUUUGCUGUCAGUGGCUGAGGCCCGAGGUGCUCAGCAAGGAGCAGAUCCUGGAGCUGCUGGUGCUGGAGCAGUUCCUGGCCAUCCUGCCCGAGGAGCUGCAGGCCUUGUUCCGAGAGAACCGACCAGAGAGCGGAGAGGAUGCCGUGGAGAUGCUCGAGGAGAUGGAGAAGGAGCUCGGCGAGCCAAGGCAGCAGGACACAGCUCAUGGCCAGGGAAUGACCUGGAAGGAAAUGACGUCUGUGGGAGCGCUGAAGUCACCUAGUAUCCAGCUCCAGCCCUUGGAAAAGCAGGGCAAGAAUGAGAUUCAGGAGUGCCAGGCUUUCUGUGAGAGAGAUGGCAAACUUGUGGCUGACAGAGUAUUGACAGCAAAGCAAGAAAUUAUUGAAUGUGUUGCAUCAGCAAUCACAAUACCUCCAAGACGACUCCCUGGGGAAACUCCUUCAGGACAGAUAGUUGAAGAAGCUUUGGGAGGUCUGGACAAUUUUGAGAAACUGAAAGGUAGUGCUUCUGGGAACAAACUGAGUCAAUUCCCUUGCCAGGAAAAACAUUUUAGCCUGGCAAGCUUCACCAAGAAAAUCUCCACAGAAAAGAGUCUCCUGGAAUGUAAUGAAAGUAUAGGAAGUCUCAGCCUGAACUCAAACGCUAAAACACAACCGAGAAUUCUCGCUGGGGGUAAGCUCUAUGAGUGCUUGGACUGCGGGAAAGCCUUUUGCCAGAGCUCAAAGCUGAUUAGACAUCAGAGAAUUCAUACUGGAGAGAGACCUUAUGCAUGUCAAGAUUGUAGCAAAGCCUUUAGUCUGAGCUCAGACCUUGUUAGACAUCGGAGAAUUCAUAGUGGUGAGAAACCCUAUGGAUGUUGUGAAUGUGGAAAAGCCUUCAGGGGCAGCUCAGAGCUCAUCCGGCAUCGGAGAAUUCACACUGGAGAGAAGCCUUAUGGAUGCAGUGAAUGUGGGAGAGCUUUCAGCCGGAGCUCAGCCCUUAUUCAGCAUAAGAAAAUUCACACUGGAGACAAAGACUAUGAAUGUACUGAAUGUGGUAAGGCUUUCAGUAGAAGCUCUAUCCUUAUUGAACAUCAACGAAUUCACACUGGGGAGAAACCUUAUGAAUGUAAUGCAUGUGGAAAAUCCUUCAAUCAAAGCUCAGCCCUCACCCAGCAUCAGAGGAUCCACAGUGGGGAAAAGCCUUAUGAAUGCAGUGAAUGUAGGAAAACCUUUAGGCAUAGAUCAGGCCUCAUGCAGCAUCAGAGAACUCACACCAGAGUGUAACUCUUUGGGUAAGAGUUGUACAAUUGUGAAAUGCUAGGAUUCACUUUGGGGGUGAGACUCCACAGAAGAUAAAGGUUUUCUGAGAGCAGAAUUCUUGUCCUUCUGGUGCAAUGAACUGUCCUAAGAGUAGAUCCACAGAAGGCUGUUUGUUGAAGUGUUGAAUGGGUACUUUUUUUUUAUUUACUGUGAACAGUAAAUCUGGGGUUAGGGAAGAGAUCCUGAGGGAGCUCCUUAUAAGAUGGUCUAGGAGGUGAUGUCUCCAAUAGCAAGGAUCCCUGCCCAGGCAAGAGUAUUUGUAUUUGGCAGGUGAAGUCACAUGCUGAGAAUUAUCCAGUUCUCUGCAAUGUUGCAUUGUGAGGUUGUGAAAUGUUGAAUUAUGCCCUGGAUCAAUUUAGUAGUACCUGGGGAAUGAUGACUCAUUCUCCUCCCAUGUCCGUUCUCUCCUCAGCCCUGGCCUUCCUGCUGAGGUCAGUUGAGGUCUGCUUAUUUACUGAGCACCUGGUAUGUGUCAUUCAUCAGCGGCAGACACGGCCAUUGCAUCUUGAGUUAAAGGCUAGUGAGUUUUUUUUAUAUAUAUGCAUGCAUGCAUGCUCAGUUGCUUCAGUUAUAUCUGACUCUUUGCGACCCUAAACUCCUCUGUCCAUGGGAUUCUCCAGGCAAGAAUACUGGAGUGGGUUGCUAUUUCCUUCUCCAGGGGAUCCUCCCAACCCAAAGAUCUAACCUGCAUCUACUGUGGCUUCUGCAUUGCAGGCGGAUUCUUUACCAUUGAGCCACCAAGGAAUCCCUUAUAUGCAUAUGCAUAUUCAGAAAUACAUAUACACACGUAUUCAUAUAUGUGAGUAUGUAUAUAUGUGUGUGUGCAUGUAUGAUUCUGUUAAAAUGCAUGGAUGGCAGGGGAUACCUAACCUCGUCCAUGAGUCACCAAAGUCUUCCUGGAUGUGAUGAAGUCUCAGCUAAGACAUAAAAGAUGGGUAGAGGUCAGCCAGAACAAAGUGAGAAGGAAGAGAAUGUUACACGCAGAGGUUAUCUCAUGCUUGAUGGCAUGAAAAGAGGAUCUGGAGCCAUCCCUUCUUCUGACACUUCUCUCUGGCAACAAUUUGUUCUUGUGGCCCCUGGUUCAGAAGCCAGGAGAGGUGUUGGUUCCUCGCUUCCUAUUUAGUCACUGAGUUGGGUGGCCAAUCCCAAUCUCUUGAAGUACUCAAAGAAUUAGUGUGAUGGGAGACUUGGCUGUGAUGCAUGAAAAAGACAUGUUUGUACAUCAAGGAAGUAGUACAUUUUGGAUGCUAGAGGGACAGUGUGGACUGGAGUGUUUGUGUCCCAUGACCCUGGGGCUCAGAAACGAGAAGCUGACAGGAACAUGGGAGUAGGAGGUCUUCCCAGGCUCCACUCUGUCUCAUUCGCUGCUUGCCCUCCUCUUCAUCGGACUCACAGAUGCUAAGCUACUUGAGGGCAAUGACUAUUUGUUGAAUUACCCUCUCAGAUUCCUCAAAACUCUACUUCGCUAAUUUUUGUCAGUUUUAAUUGACUUACCAGUAAUUGUUGAGGGCAGUUAAUCCCUAAGAGAAAGUCUGAGUCCUCUUCUAGGAUACCCCAAUUUCCGUUCCUGAUGCUGUCACUUCUGAAGACAUAGUAGUGAUCAAAGCUGUUGUGGGUAACAGGGGAGGUGGAACUGGGGGGACAGCCUUUGUGUCCAGAGGCCAUAGGAUUACUAGUGAGGUCAGUCAGAUAUCGAAAAAGAUUUUUCAGAUGGACAGAGCUGCCUUUUCCUGUAGGUGACAAUCAAAUGAUUUCAUGUUUUUCAUGUUUUUAAUACCAUUGAAUAUUUUUUCCUGAUUGUGAACUGUAAAUCUUGAUAGUACAGAAAAUGAGAGAGUAUAAAUCACCCAGAAUCCCAUCAUCCAUAGAAACAGUUAACAUUUUAGAGUACUUUCUAUUCAUUUUUUUAACCUACCAACCCUAAUAUAUAUAAUAUACACACAUAUAUGUUUUUUCUUGGUAAUAAUCUUGUCUGGUGAAUCAUUCUUAGUAACUGAUUUUUAACAUUUAUACUUUUGAAUAUAUACUUCAACUGUUCAUUAAAAACUUUUUGGUAGUUGAUUUACAAUAUUGUUAGUUUCUGCGGCACAGCAGUGAUUCAGUUAUGUAUCUACAUAUUCUUUAAAAUACUCAUUUCCAUUAUGAUUUAUCUCAGGAUAUUGAAUAUAGUUCCCUGUACUAUACAGUAGGACCUUGUUGUUAUACUUCAACUAUUUAGCAUGAGAAUGUAAUGCAAGAUGUCUUGUAAUAAAAUUUGAGUUUUAA